AUGGACUCGACCCUAGCCAACUUUCUGGACUUGACGUUUCUGGACUCGCUACUGGUACCGGUACCGGAUGCAGACCAGGCGGGAGCGGAAGCAGGCAACAUAGACACCUCUACAGCAAAGGCAACCACGUCUAAGAUGAAUUCAACGGAGGAUGAGCCGAAAGACAAGUGGAAGGAUGUCGGGUCAGAUGAGCCGGCGGCUGAAUCGUUCGACUUGGUGAUUUUGAACUCGCUGGUGACUCCUCAUCUGGGUCGACUGGUUGCGCGUUGUGGCGCCGUGUUUUGUGCUGAUGGAGGGAGCAAUCGGUUGGUGGAGAGCGGCGUGCUUCCGGAGACAAGCUCUGCGCUCGGGCGUCUGAGUAGCUACCGCAAGUGGGUCGUGGGGGACCUAGAUUCCGCCCGGCCUGAGACGCUGCGUGUGCUGCGGCAAGAACAUGGCUUCGCGGUGCUCCAGCUGGUCGACGAAAAUAGCACGGACUUCCACAAGGCUCUCUGGCUACGGGACCGGCUCAGAACGGGCGACCAGCCGGCCAAAACGGACCACGGCAGGGACGACCAAGACCACGGCAGGGACGACCCAGGCCAAGGUGGGGGACGACCGAGGUGGGUAAUUGUAGAAGGGGGUUUCGGACUGCGAUUUGACCAGUGUUUGGCGUCCAUUUCGGAAGGACUCAAGUUUGCCGUUCGCCACCGCGACAGCGCGCUGCUCUUCCUGGGCGAAGAGACCUUGCUCGUGCCGCUCUGUGGAGGUCGGGAGCACCGGAUGCGUGUGCCGCGAUGCGCCGCCAGUUCCUGUGCCGGUGUCCUCGCUUUCGUGGACUGCACCUCGGUCUCCACCACCGGCUUCAAGUGGAACCUGGACGCCCAACCUCUGAGCAUGCUCGGUCUCAUCAGCUCGAGCAACCAAGUUGUGGACCCCGUCGUCACCAUCACCUCCGACCAGCCACUCGUAUUCUACCAACAACUGCGAUGA